AUGGUGGUCAUUUUGGAAGAAAUAAAACGAUACACAAAAUUAAACAACGUUAUUUUUGGCUGCCAAUGUAUAAAGAUAUUAAUAAUUAUAUUAAAUCGUGUAUUCCAUGUGCACAAUUUAAUCCUCGUCAGCAAAAAAACUCCUAGUAAAUUAAAACCAAUUAAUCCUCCUGAUGGAGUAUGGCAAUUAGUAUCCAUGGAUUUUCAUGGACCUAUUACUCCAACAUCUCAACGCGGUAAUAAAUAUAUUAUAUCCCUUACAGAUAUCUUAUCAAAAUUUGUUGCUACAAAAGCUGUACGUGAUAAUACCGCUCAGACAACUGUUAGAUUUCUUUAA